CUUCUCUCCAAUCACUGACUUCCUCUUCGUUUCAUCUUGGUUUUGAGGAAUGAUGCCGAGGGUUGAGACUCAAUGGAGUCAGGGAAAGGACGAGAGGUCAGAGGAGAGAAGGCAGGAGAUGGGCUGGGUGGGGUUGGUCUGCUAGGGCGGGUUGGAAUUGAGCUCCAGUUGGGUUGAGGUUGGGGCUUGGGGGAUUGAGGCUAGGCUAUGUAAUGUUUAUUGUAGAAAUUUUUGCUAACGGAUAAUACAUGUACUUGUAUUUAUCACACAUGUAUUAAUGGGAAAACAAUGGAUAUCCGUUGUAGAAAUAAUUUAUUGUAAGUCCUAUAUCGUUAAAAAAAGAGUAUUUGGGGGGGGGGGGGGGGGGGGGGGGGGGGGAGGGGAGGAUGAGCCACUGUCUCGGUCUCGCCGACUCGGGGUUUGCCAGUUGACGUUGCGUCUUGGUUUUGAGGAAUGAUGGCGAGGGUUGAGACUCAAUGGAGUCGGGGAAAGGACGAGAGGUUAGAGGAGAGGAGGCAGGAGAUGGGUUGGGUUAGGGGUGGGUUGGUCUGCUAGGGCGGGCUGGGGCUGGAAUUGAGCUCCGGUUGGGUUGAGGUUGGGGCUUGGGGGACUGAGGCUAGGCUAUGUAAUGCCUAUUGGAGAAAAUUUUUCUAAUAGAUACGUGUACUUGUAUUUAUCACACAUGUAUUAAUGGGUAAACAAUGGGUAUCUGUUGUAUAAAUAAUUAUCGUAAGUCCUAUAUCGUUAAAAAAGAGUAUUUGGGUACCCGUAACCCUAAAAAAUUGGACGGGUAAGGGUAUAGUUGUUGGUGAAGAAGGAGCAACAAUCAUAUUUAAAUAAAUUUGAAUAAUAUAAAAUGAGACGGGUAUAGAUAUAGUUGUCGCUGGAAAAAUAGUGAUCAAGUACCAUACAUAAUACAUAUACCUCUUACAAAACACGAAUUAUUGAAAUAAGUUGGUUUAUGAUUUAUCUCGCAAAAUGGCUAACCUUGGACAUUUCAGCACUCCGGCAUAUCACGAUAUUUGACAUUUCAGUCGGCUGGUCUAUAACCGAAUCUGCACCAGAUCGACCAAACCAAAUCGAACGAAAUCUAAUGCAGUUUAAUACUAAUCUCAUGCAUUUUAUAAAUAAAGAAAAAUGAUUUGGUUCUGUCCGAUUGGUGAAAGGACCUAAGUUAUAAAGUGCUAAAUUUGACCCGAAAUUACGGUUAGUACAAUGGGUAGAACUGAACCAGGACUGCAAUUUGCCAAUUUCACUCCCAAGGGCCAAGUCCCAAGUCCAACCCAUGAAAUGUGGGUUCCUAAUCCAUUUUACAGAAAACCUCCUCUCUGGAAUCAACGAGAAGUCCGGCGAGCGCGCUUCUCCUUUCUCUUCUCGGCUUCCGCCGUCUCCGGCAGACCAGAGCUGCCUCCGGUCGACUUCGGUUCCCCAUAGGCUGCUGCCUCCGAGUCCCGGGAUUCGGCUGCAACUUCUCUCUUCCGAUCUCCCUCCUGUUCUUCCGAUCUCGCUUCAAUCACCGGUGCCUUCAACCCCUCGCCCUCUCGCUACUACUCAACAGCCCAAUGCUUAGUGAGGUAACUUCUUAUAUCCCUCACAAUCCCUCCCUGAAUCGCAGGCAAAUUUUGAAAUUGUGAUUACUGAUUAGAAUUUAUAACUAUUGUCUAGUGGGUAGCUUGCCAAUUUUGAUUUCUAUCAAUUAUCUUAGUUUCUUAGCCAAGUUCACGGAUACUUCUAGUUUUAGCCCUGUUGUUGGCAUGAGUCAGGAAUUUGUGAAGCAUGAAUAUAGUCAAGUUUUCAAAACAAACGUUCUUCAUUGUGAUACUACUUCAGGUUGAGUACUUCACUCAAGCUCGUAUGACUUGUGCAUUUGAUCACUGGGCUGUGAGCUUCCAAGCCAAGGAUCACUACAUACUUUGAUGUAGACUCGCAGCUCGCUUCAUUUCUAACAAAUUUAACUUCACUGCGCUUGUUGAUUGAGUGUGAUGUUUAGAGGUCAGGACUCUACGUGAAAUGAAAUCGUUCGGUCAUUGUUAACUGGAUUUGUUGUUUUUACGCAAUGCAGUCAAGUUGGUGUAGUGGACCAUGACAUAUCGGAAUCUAUAGCAAGAAAUGAAUGAAUCGUCUAUUGCUACCGCAAGAUUUACUUACAUACAUGAUCGAAAGUGGCCUUCGGCAGCAAUUGAUGUGCACCAUGUAAUAGUUCGGCAAAGCAAUCUGAAGGGUUUAUUAGUUUGCCUUCUUGCUUUGGGAUUCUCGGCAAAUGGAUUAUAUCUCUUCAUGGUCCUGGCGGGUAAUUAAUUAUCUCUCUGCUACUUCUUUACAAUUAGCGUUUUGGGACUGAAGAUGGAUGCUUUUAGUGGUUAAGAGUUAUUUGGGACAGCAACUCAGGCUAUACAAACUUCUGGAUUAACAAGAUAAAUCACCUUUCGCUCUUUUGUGGAGUUUACUGUUGAGUUCAAUCCUUCUCAAACUUGGUAUCGGGAAGUCUGUUCUGAAAGGUGAGAAGAAGUGAAAUCAGCCUCUUGUCCUACAAAGCAUCAUUCUUUUUUUCUUGAACUCUAUAUCCUGUUUGCUAGUGACUUGCAUUGAUUGACACUUGCAGAGUCGGUUCUGAUCAUGCCACAUUUCGGGGUUCAACUCGAAACACAUUAUAGAAGGUGUGCACAUAAGUUCUGAUAUUUGGCCUUCCGAGUUUCAUUUUUGGGCCCUCUUAGCACGUGAAUUCGAAAAAUGAGAAAGUGGAAGCUGGCUGAUGUUGAAGUAGGGUCUGAGAUUUGCUUCUAUAUGCAAGCCUCCAUCUUUCAAAUGAAAACAAACACAGCCAUGCCAUUUUGAUUAGAAUUAGUGGAAGCUUGUCGAUAUUAGAUUCACUGUGGACCUUCCUGGCCUGUUUCUUUCUCUACUUGGUAUUAUCUGCUGGGCAGUGGAAGAAUAUCACGCCGCUUUGUGCCAGUUCCAGUGAGCACGAUUCUGAAGCCAUUGCUGCUAGAGCAUGUGAAUCCGGUUACUUCUUACUGGGUUCUGUCUCUGAUUUUGCUUAAGGAAGAAGAACUGACUCCGGUUUUCAAGGUAUGAAUACAAGUUCUGGCAUUUGGUGAUAGUUAUGGCAUCUAGAAUAGUUUAGAUGAAUUGCCAUCUUCCAGGUAACAAUUUUAGUGUUUCAGAGUUUUUUUAUUGUACAUGGUAAUACCUGGAAGAUGACUACGCAUAGAUUCUAGAUAUUAGGUAUGCUUGGUGGGUUGAUUAGAGUCAUUGGGUAUGGAUCUAGGGUUGUUUGCAUAGGUGCAUCUGUAUAUCGUCAGCUAGGAUACUUUUCUCGAUCUUCUGUCAGACAAAAACAUUUGGAAGAUCUGGUUAAUGAUGGUCUUAGGGAGCGGUUGAUUUCUCUAUUAACAAGCUAACUAUAUAGAGCAUCCGUCGUCCUUCGCUGCACCUUGCAUUCUUGGUAAACAGGAGUUUGAAAGAGAUGGGGGGAAAACUUGAUCAUCCUCCUGUUCUAGUGUAGUCACCAAAUUUUUGCAGCUGCAUUGUUCUUCACUAGAGUUGAUCACAUUCAUAGGAUCUCACAAAGUUGUGAUGUAGACUUUUUGAACUAUCAUUCUUGAAAAUUCUCUAUAUUGAAGCCAUUUCACAUAGCAUUCACUGAGUGAUUGCCGCAUUUGGAUUGCCAGCCCUUGCCUUGAUAGUUGAUACUGUUUAGGGUCAGGGAAUCAUUAAGCUCCAACUGUUAGUUUUGUGAUUCUCGUCAAGUAAAGAUUACAAAAGCAAGAGCACAAAUGAAAUCAAAAGGCUUCUGUUGUGGGUGUAGUGAAGUGUCCAUUUUCCUUAUUUUCUCGAUCUUCUAUGUUCCUUAUCUUGUGAAUUGCUUUAUUAUUUCAUUUGCAUUUAUAGUUUUACCAAUCACAAUGUUCUAACUAUUUUCUUUCAUAUGCUUGUAGGGCUAUAAUGAAUCUGUGAAUUUGAUAUCAAGUAGUAGGGAAAAAGAAGAUACUUUUAUCGGCAAAAAUGAAAUCAAAAGGCUCUAAGGGAAAACGAGCUCAAGCACCAUAUCUAUCAACAAUGUGCUUAGUUCCGAUGUGAGUUCCUUUACUAUGGUUAACUACUGAUCUGUACUUUUGUGUAUGGUUCCAACCAAGCAGUAGGGAGAGCCAAAGUUUUUUAGUCUUUUCUUGUUGAGUGUGGUUUUGGUAGUACUGUGAUGGAGACAUUUUGAUUUAGAUGGGGUCUUGUUUCUUUCUUUCCUGCAAGCUUAAGCACUGUAUAAUAGGUUUUCCUAGUGGUUGCCUCCUGCUGCGGUCUUGAAUUGCUGUAGGAACAGGAACUUGAGAGUUUCUUGUGCAUAUGCUAUAACUGGAUGCUCUAGUUUGGUUGCUGAACCAUAUAAGAUAGCUUAGAAAGUAACUGCAGUCCAAACUAUUGAAGGCUGAAGCUACUGAUCAACCAACACUAAUUCUCCUUUUCUGCUUUUAUGUCCUGUUUUCAUUAACUCGGUUGAACCAUGUAAGAUAUGCUCUAGUUUGGUUGCUUUUAUGUCCUGUUUUCAUUUACUCUGUUGUUGUUUAGGUCGAGUGUGAUGAUGCUGGAAUGGAUUCCUCAAGUGGGGAAGAGAUGGAAGUUGAAAUGGAUGCAAGUACGAGCAAGGUGGCUGCUAGUGAUCAUACUGGUUCAGCUUCGACUCAUAUUGAGUCACCAAUGCCAAGAUUCAGAGGAGAUUGACAAUAUCGAUGAAGGUGAGUAACCUAAAAAAAGCUAUUGUUUAUGUACCAUGUACGUUUUCUGUGGUGGUUACACUUUCUUCUAAUGAAUUUCAGAGUUGAGUAUGAUAAUGAAGGCUAUUGGUAUCUCUGAUGUUCCUAUUCCUCGUAUGAGUCCUAAUGUAGAGGCAAGCGCAAACACAUAAGGUAGCAUUUGAACCUAAUCAUUAUUGCGAUUUCCGAGCUACCUUGCUUAUUUUGGAUACUUAGUGAAACUGUAUUACAUUUGAAGUUGCUAUGUUUAAGAUCUUUGUAAAGAUACAUGUCAAUGCUCUAUCUUCCCUGUCCCCAGAUUCAUUCCCAAUCCGGAGAAGCCUUGAUAAUACUAAAUUGAAAAAAAAAUUCUUUGUGAAGAGUACUUGAUUCGGUUUCACGUUCUGGCAGUGAUCUUAGUUGUCUGCCUGUUUCUGUUCUUGAGUUUUGAGACUCCACUUUGCAACCCUAAGGCUCCUGUCCUGUGGGUUCUUUUGCACUCUCAUCCUAGACAGGGCUAGCUUCUUUAGAUCUGCCAAAUAUUAGUUAUCUUUUCUGCAACCUGAUAUCAUCAAGCAAAUAUAAACCAGUCAAUUGCUAUCUCUUGAAAAAACCACAUAAUAUGGCAUGUCAAUGCUAUAGCAAUAUCAGUCUCGGAUUUCCUUUUCUACAAGCUGCCAUCUCAAACAUUAGCUAGGCAUUGCCUUCUUGCUUUGUACUGCUUUGGUUCAGUUUGAAAGGCUGUUUGAACUUUGAAGUUGCUAUGAUGUUUGUAUGAACAGAGAAGGUGAAAUAUUGUAGUCUGGAACUCUCACUUGGAUCAUUGGACUUUAAUCAAGCUUGAUCACCAUUGGUCUGCUUUCCUUUUUAUCUUCUUGGUGCUGUUACAUUUCUGGAGUUCCCAAUAAUGAUGUGUUAACUUAGUGGAGACUUGUAUUUGAAGCUAACUUGCAUGUUGUUCUAUUAACAGGUGGUUCCAGCUUAGGCUCUUCCUCCAAUAUGUGUUUUCAGGUUGAUGGAAACUACACAGAAGCUGUCAAAGUCGUCAAAGUCAGAGCUUCUAGAAGACGGUGUAGAUGGGUAGUCAAAGAAGGAAGUCCCUAACUUUCUUGUGUUUCUUGUGUCUGUAAUUGUUUCGAGAGGUUCAAAUUGUAGUGUUAAUGGAUUAGUCUACUUCUCAAUUUAGCAUUACUUGCUACUGGUUAUUUACUUAGUUGUGGAAACAGUUGCAGUAGCUAAGGGCCCCUGAUGGUUCCAUCUAUUUUUAAGAGGCACUGAUAUUGUGUAAUGUGUAGAGGGAACUUGGCAAUGGCAUGCUCUGUUUUGGUGACAGGAAAACAGAGUCGCCAGCUCCAACAGUAACAGUUUGCGAUUUUUGGCAUGCUCUGUUAAACAAAGUCUGUUUCUUGAUUCAGUUCUUGAUUUUGGCAUGCUAUGUUUUAGAUACGUUGUACAAAUCAUAAUGAAUUGCGGUCAAAAUGCGGUGCGGUCUAAAUCGUUCCAAACCACUAAUUUAUGCGGUUUGGUUUGACCGCACCGAUAACUUAGCGGUCGAACAUGCGGCGGGAUCCAAUUAAGAUGCGGUGCGGUUUAUAUGAAUGCGGUGCGAUGCGGUCCGAACCGCACCGAUACACACCCCUACAUGGUAUUGAGCGACGACUUGGACUUUGGUUGUUCAGGAGUUGCACCUGCCUUUGAAGAUGCUGGUUCCUAUCUGGAAGGCAUUGUGUGGCUCUGUGUCUGGAGAUAAUGACUCUUCUGUACAUUCAAAUGUAGAAGAUCAUGAACAGAGUGUCUGACAAAUUGGAUUAUCAGAUCAAGGAAAGAAGAAGAGCUGAAAAUUUUAAGUCACUAUGGGUUUAUGGGACUUUCCUUCUUAUACCAGUCUUUCCCCUGAUCCGAGUCCGAGGAUGAAAAGGACAAAAAAAAAAGUAUAAGAGGGACAAAUAAAAGGACACGAAACAUGUUCUUCCGCCUGGACAUAUAAAAGUAAGGUUUGGGGCUAGAGGUCGUGUCUUUCGGCGGAACAAGGCAGCAUGUCGAUCUUUGAAGCGGAACAAGGCAGAAAGAGAAGGAGGAACAACUUUGGAAUGGCAACACCGGUGGUCGGCGGCGAAGAAGAAGAACCAACAACCGACCAAUUUUCGAAACUGCCGGAUGAGUUAUUUAUGUUAUAAAUAAGUCUCUACCCGUUCCUAACAUCAGUGUAAAAGACACGUAAUAAAUACACUCAUUACUCGAAUUUGGCUACCUAAUGAAAUACUAAAUUUCAACCAACUACCACUAAUAGCCAAAGAUUGUGAAAAGAUGUUUGGCAUUCUAAUAAAACUCUGGAGAUAUUGUCCUCAUUCUCUUUGAAAAGAUGCAACUUUUUUGUGCUUUCAUUGCUCACAUGUCAUAAGAAUGUUUUGUUUGGUCAAAGGGUUACCUCACACAUAUAAUGAAGAGCAUAGAAGAUGAGCCAACCAAUCAGCAUGAUCUUCUGGUAGGUAGUUCAUAUUACUACAACCAGGGUGGUAUUAUUAGCCUGUUUUCAUGGUUCUUAACGUACAUAUUUUCCAAUGAGCUUACACAUUCCGAAAGUGAAAGUAAAAAAACAAAUGCAUUGCCAAGGAACUCUGAUUGUCGAACAUUAUCCAUGUCUGAGGAAAGACAAAUAGUUUAUGCACACUACAUUAUUAUCCAUGACUGUUGAAUGACCACUACCUGCUCAUUGAAGCUUUUAUCUCUAAUACCAAAACCUCGCAACUACGGCUAGCGAGAAAUGUCAAUAUUCCCUCAACCACAACAGUUUUCCAGGGAAAUAUUUAGUAAUGGCUAAUCCAAAAGAUAAUUGAACUCCCAGCGUAUUGAUCUAAUCCAGAAUCGGGUCUUAACCAUUCAAUGACAAAAUUAAGGAGCAACUAUAGUAGAAAAAGGUAAAAGCAAAAGAAGAAAAUGCCACAGCACCAAGAAGGUACAACAGUAUCACCCAAAGGACAAUCAAUCUGCAGAUUCAAAUGUGCUUUCUUCUCUAUACGAAACCGAAAAUCGAAUAGAGAGGAGUUUUCUUCUGCUUACAUUUUCUUUGAGGGUGAUAUUUAGCCUGGACUCAGCCUCUACGUAGUUCUUGGUAUUUGAGACACUUUUUUCUACCAUUUUGAUAUGUAAGUUUUGGUAGUCAUUACAAUUUAGAACAACAAUCAUUGUAGGAAAUACAGCUCGAGUUUCAAAGCUACCGCUUUAGUUAGCUCUUCCACGACCUCUGCUUCCAUCUGGUCGUCCAUAAGCACUGGAAACAAACGAAAGCAAACUUUUGCCAGGUCAAACAAAUGAAAAACAGUCAAUGAAACAAAGCAAAUAGGAAUAGCGCCCAAAAUAGUGAGCAAAAGCUUCACAGACAAACGAACAUCAUAGACCGAACAAAUGACUGGUCAAAGAGGGUCCAAUUCCUUUGAAAACAGACAACAAGAGCUAUUUACUGGGAUCCAGGACCUAACCCUCCCUCUCCAAGCAGUGUACUUGAAACAUUGAGCAAAACUCUGAAACUAGGGAAGAAGAUGAGAAGCAGAGUUUUGAAAAUCGAGUUCUAGAUGAAAAAUGAUCGGACAUAAAUCACGUAUGUAUCUAGUUUGCCCUGUGAGAUUCGUCACCCAAUAGUUGCAGUUCGACAAUGGCUUCCUGAAAAAUCCCAAGAGAUAAAAAAGAAUGCAGGACUGGAAAGCAGUUCAACCAUGGCUUCCGAGAAAUUUUUUUUUAUCCAAUUUCAGUAGAUGGAGUAAGAAAGAAGUGCAACUCAGCCAACCCAUAACUCAACUCACCUUCUGCAGAAAGAUAAAGUUGAAAUUUAAGCUUUGAGCUUCUAAAUAUCCCAAUGUCUGCCUUUUCCAAACUGUAGAUUAGAUAGGAACGUUUAGCACUCAAGUCAAAACCUUCAAGUAGUAACAACAGUUUGAAGAUAACCUGUAUGUACUCCUGGUGAAGAGCGAUACAUAAAGAGAGAUAAAAAAAGUGUCUCUUCCUCCUCCUCCUCGUCGUCAAUUUCAGCCACUCUUCAAGUGUGAAAAGAACUGACUUAGAUUGUGAAGUUGAAGUGCAUAAAACUGAAUUAUAAGUUCCAACCGUGAAGUUGCAGACUUGCAGUGCAUAAAACUGAAUCAUCUGCUCUUGCAAGUCUCCAUGGAUGCCCUCUCUUUUUUUAUUAAUUCAAUACUCUAUAAUGAAAAAUAAAACUAGCCUUUUAUCCGGUUAAUUGGCCGGAUUACUUUUAAGGUACUGAGUACUGAUUAGUCAAACUCGAGAGAGUUAGAGAGGGAUACUUUUAUUUUUGGAGAAUUGUAUAUCAAGAUGUUAAUAAAGCAUUGAUAUGAUA